GAGAUUGGAUUGGAAUUUAACCAAUCAGAGCUAAAUUUACUAAACUUGAGUUUAGUGAGUCUUACUCUGAUUGGCCAAAUUUUAAUUCAAUCUCAAUUCUAACCCGCAGUCUGAUAUGGGCUUUCAGCAGAAUAGAAAGCUGGCGACGAGGCGAAUAUGGAAAGUUUGAUCAGUCAUUUUCUAACUGUUGAUUUCUAACUGUGAGUAUUGGAGGGAAACGCUUAUGCACAAGUAGAAGGAUCAGCUCCAUAGCUCCAUCAAAAAAGUGCCGGCAGGACCCGCAGGACUUUGGAAAGCGGAACAACACAAUACGUGAUGGCGCAAAAAGAAGAUGUUUUAAUGACACUCCUUAAACAUGAAAAUGAGCAUUUGAGAAAAGAGAAGGAUAAAUUAGAGAAGCAGUAUCAAUCGCUGGUGAAGGAGAAAGAUAUAUUGCGGGAGGUGAUAAAAGGUCUCCGUAUGCAGAGGAAUGAAUUACAGCAGCAGUAUGAUUUGCUGGAGAAGGAGAUAUCUGAAUUGCAGAGGAAGUAUGAAAACCAGGAGAAACAGGAGGAUAAAUUGCUGGAGGAAUAUAAGGCAAAACUUAAGAAGACCCUGAAUGACUUGCAGAAACAGUAUAAACUCUUGAAGAAUCAGUCAAAGGAUGAAAUGCGGGAGAAGAUUCAGCACCUUCAGCACCAAAAUGAGCUUCAUCAACACCAAAAUGAGCUUCUUCAGCACCAAAAUGAGCUUCUUCAGCACCAAAAUGAGCUUCUGCAGAAAGGCCAAGAGCUACAUCAGUACAAAGAUAAGCUUAUUCAGAGAAAUGAAGAACUUAUUCAGAAAGACCGAGAGUUACUUCAGUGUAAAGAUAAGCUUAUUCUGGUCAUCGAGGAAUUUUAUCAGAAAACUCUCCAACUGAAGAAUCUGAAUACUUAUUUGCCACCUUAAAUGAAAAGUAUUUUUGGUUAAUAUCCAAAUGUUGCGCACUUCAGAAAUUUGAGAAUACAAAGGCUCAUCUCUCGGACCCGUGCAAAAGGAGUGAAGAAUGGCAAGUAUAUUUUCAGCAAGAAGACGAAGCUAUAGAAGAGUCCUUCAGAAAGUGGGAUUUAUAAAUAAUGUAGAAGAUACUGGUGAAAUCAUUGUUUCACAAAAUGAAUACCAGUAUACAUAGGAACUUGCGCAUUUGGAAAAAAGACGAUGGUGGCACAUGAGAAGAUGACCUUGACGACGAGAAGAAGUUAUAGAGUAUGGGAAAAAUCUACCAGCGUGCGGAAAUACGAUUGUUAACAACACGUUCCCAGAUGCCAUUGAAGGCGAUCCACGCGUAUUGAGAUUAUUGUUAAUCGGCACACACUCCAGGCGAUUGAUAAUUUCCAACGGAAAGUUCCCACGGAGAAGAAUCUCGAACAUAUGACUGGAAAAAAACUAGUGGCACGCAUAAAAGGCCACAACACACGGACGAUCGCACACAAAAACCUGUCACACAGAAUAGACCAUCUUUCACUAAGAGAAUAAUCACCGAUCAGUCGGUCAGAGCUCGAGAAGAAGACGUACAUGGAGCCCAAAAAUUGCUACGCACACGGUUAUAUAGCCGCUCGGAGUGAAGUCGCGCGUGAGAAACUCGUAGUGAUACUACGAGUCGCGCGACGCGUAGCGGCGCGCCGCGGAAGCCUGGCUGGCCGGCGCACCACGUUGCCGCUGGCCGUUGGCGUGCGACACCGAUCCGAACAACUAUAAUACAAUUAAUUAACAUGUUGACUGCCAAUUACGAGAUAUCUCGUAGGUUGUUUACUCGCCCAGGACGCCAACU